UACAGAGGAACCUAAAAGGGCACCAAAAAUGUUGAUCACUUCUCAGAAGCUUGACAGAUCACGUGCAGUUCUUACUGAGACUGUGUCUUCCCAGGCAAAUGCUAACCCCUUUCUAGAGAUAGCUACCUCCCUGACUCCUGAAUUAUCUGAAGAGCAGCAAAAGAUCAAACUGCUUCUUAAACAGUUCAAGCAAGUGAAUUUAUCCCCAGUAAUGCGCCCUUUGAACAAGAGUUUGAUCAAAGAUGACCACUGGAAAGCCAUAGAUGAAGUUCAGGAGAAACGAAGAGCUUUCCUUUAUAAUUUCUGCAAAAAAUACAUUAAAGAAAGGAGACCCCUGAUCCACCUCAUGCGCAUGGUAUCCAGAAUAUAUGUGGAAGAUAAACACAAACUCUUGUAUUGUGAAGUGCCUAAGGCAGGCUGUUCUAACUGGAAAAGGGUUUUGCUAGUACUCAAUGGCCUUGCCAAAUCAACUUAUAAUAUUACCCAUGAUACUGUGCACUAUGGAAGGCAUUUGAAGAAACUAGACAGUUACGAUUUAAAAGGAAUACACAUGCGGUUAAAGACAUACACAAAAGUUAUAUUUGUACGAGAUCCCAUGGAAAGAUUAGUAUCUGCAUUUAGAGAUAAGUUUGAACACCCAAACAGCUACUACCACCCUGUAUUUGGGAAGUCAAUUAUUAAGAAAUACAGACAUAAUGCAGAUGGUGAAGCAUUGACAACAGGCUCAGGAGUACAGUUCAAAGAGUUCAUUCAGUAUUUGUUAGAUUCCCAUCGUCCAAUAGGGAUGGACAUACAUUGGGAACAGAUCAGCAAAUUGUGUCACCCUUGUAUUAUUAACUAUGAUUUCAUCGGUAAAUUUGAAACUUUGGAAGAGGAUGCCAAUUAUUUUUUGAGACUAAUAGGGGCUCCAGAAGACCUGACAUUUCCUAAUUUCAAAGAUCGACAUUCCACCGAAGAAAGAACAAAUUCAGAAGUUGUGAGACAGUACCUAGCAGAGAUCCCUGCUACAGAGAGACAGCUGACAUAUGACUUUUAUUCUCUGGAUUAUUUAAUGUUUAACUAUAGUGCACCAUAUGUAGAGCCCUGAUUUGGUUUAGGUUAAUGCUCGCAUAGUUUUACCUUGCAACUCUGAGUGAAAGUUGAUUGCAGAAGUGUUCAUAAACCCCAAUUGGCAUAAAUUAUAGGAAUAACACAGGAAAA